AUGCUCAAUAAUACAGUGUGUGCACAGCAAGCUCCUGAUGCAAUACUUCAAGAGAACAUGGACGUGCUGUACUGCCUGGGAACGCUCUACUCCGAACUAGCUGAACAGGAUCAGUAUGCGGCCGUGUGGAAUCGACGUGCACUUACAAUGGACACUGUUAAGAUGUUGGCUAUGCAACAGCUGGUGGUGACGUCGAGGAAGCGUUGGAAUGGGGCCAGUCGGCUGCUCGCACAUUGCUUCAUCGAAUGGAAAACCAGUUUGGGAAAAAUGCCAUCACUGAAGGCUAAUUUUAGAGAAUAUGAAUUCCUUGAUAGCUCUUACAUACAAUGCACGAAGGAGUUGUGCCGCUGGAGAGUGGUGUGUGACAUUGCGAAAAAUUCUCAUGUUGAGAAUCCAGAACUCCUUUUCGAAGCCGCUGUUCACCUUCCCGACUGGAGUCUUGCCAAACAAUGCCGUGAUCAAAUUAUCGGUUGUAUUCGCCCAGAUUUCGCCAUCCCAGAGGUGACCCAGAAGAAGUUCCUGUCACACAUCCGAAGAAAAUGGUCGAGGAGGUUCACUCAGGCAUUGGUUGUUGGCUGGCGCGUUCUACCUCCAAUUCUGACACCAGCGCACACAAAACUGCUCCAGCAAAUGACGAUGAUCCGUGAAGUGGGAGAUGUGCUUGAUCUAAAACGCGCACUUGAUGCUGGGAAUCAGAACUGCGGUGCCGUCAUGCAGGAGAUGAAGACUGUCAUUAAAAUAUGGAGGUCCCGUGCCUACUCUUUGUCCGAUGACAUGUCGUUUAUUUCAUUGAUGUAUGAUUGGCGAAGUCAGAUCCACACAAUGAUGGUCCAGCAAUUCCAUGAGUGGGAACGUAGCGGGAUUGUAAUGCCUCCUGGUAUGAAUCCCCAGUCGAUUCUCCCGAUUCACUCUGCAGCUACCGGGCAACUAUUCCUGGCAAGAGCGGCGCGAGAAAGAGGAAUGGAUCAAGUGGCGAUUAGAACGUUGAACAAAUUGCAUACACUGAUUACCCUUCCAAUGAUGGACUGCCAUCAGAAGAUCAUUGAUCAUCUAAAAACCCUGCGAAGAGUAGCAAAGAAACAUACGACUACUGCACAGCAAAAAAUGGAUCUUCUUCACGAGGCACUACUUAUGACCGAAGCUGCUCGUAUCGAAGAUUUCUCUCGUGAUCAAUGUUGUCGUCUUUUCUACCAGAAAGGCUCCAUUCUCAGCCAGUUGGACAAAAACGACGAUGCGAUGCAUGCGUUUCUGCUGCAGCACCAUGGUCGAUCCGAGCAGUUCUCCACAACUGAACACGGCGUGUAG